AUGCUGGUGUCUUCCCAGACAGGAACCUGGCCGCAGGACGAUGGCGUUAGCGGGGCUGCUGCUGCUGGAGUUGGGUCUGUACGCCAGCUGCUUCGUCUGUGGGAUUGUUACCGCCGCUUCCAUCACCAUAGUCCAGGGUAAUUUUGGAGGCCGCUGUAUGCUUUAUGGACUUGUCAACUACAAUGCUACAGAAAGCCUCAUCGGGGUCCAGUCGUACAGCGCCCCGUCUCUUUGCUAUUUUGUGUCGGCGAUAUCGGUCAUAGUAGCGGUGGUGUGUUUCUCACUGUCUCUCUACUGGGUGUACACUUGCUGCAUCGAAGGGGAAAUCAGAAGGGGGCGGGUGUGGAUGAACCUGAUUAUAGCCGUGAGUGGCGUCUUCCUGUUCUUCCUGCUCAUCACGGGGUGCAUGCUGAAGAUCGGACGUGACUCGCUCUGCAACUCGGUCAUACAGAACGUUCACAACAUCACCAGAUGUGAAGAGGCCCAGGCUAGAAAAUGGGUCAGUCCAUUGAACGGGGAAAGGUUCUACAGCAGUCUAUACAAAGCCGAGACGGCAGUGUGGGUCAACUUCUUCUUCUGGCUCAUCAUCGGGGUUCUGGUGCUCGUACAGAGGCGUCAGAGUUCGGGGCCCAAGGCGAUUGUGGGAGGGCACGAAGGGUACGGCGGGCCAGCCGGAGGGCUUUUCGGUGAUCCGGGGGUGACUGCUGCAGAGACAGAGCCAUUUUUCAACAAUCCUGCAAGGCCACAGUGAGGACGGGUGUCACGGGAUGGCUUACAGCAACACACAUACACUAGCACAGCGCCAUAAUGUGUGAGUAGAUGUGGGAAAAAGGGUCAAUACAUCUGGUGUACACUGCCUUGUGUUCCAGUGGAUACUCACACAUUUUGUGAGAUAACACGUGACACUAAUCACAGUAAUACAUGAUCACGUUUGUUUGCUUAAGGGUGUUGCAGCACAUAGAUACAAUAGAAGAGUUUGCCCUCGACGAGGAUGGGAUUCGAACCCACGCGUGCAGAGCACAAUGGAUUAGCAGUCCAUCGCCUUAACCACUCGGCCACCUCGUCUGGCACAAGGUGUGUCCUGAACCAACAACACACUAGAGCAUCUUUGAGGCAUGUCUGACAGCCUGACCACAUAAUCCAAAGAUUGAACUGUUUAUAUGUACAUGUACCCGUUUCCCACAUUUACUCACGAAAGCCACUUCAAAUGUCUAACUACUGGGUCACACAGAAAUAAGUGUUUGUUUUAUUUUGUUUAUAAAAUAUAACAAGAAAUAGGAGAAUGCUUAUUGCAGGCAUUCAUUCUUUUUUCUUUUUUUUUUUAAUCAAUGUGCUCAAAUUUAGCAUUUUUUAUGUGAUUGGCAGAUGUGUCCUAUGUAAAACAUGUUUUCACUCAUUUUACAAAUUAUUAUAGACACUCCUCAACAGCUUAAGUUAAAAAAAAAUAAAAAAAAAUAAAAAUAGAGUAAACCUUUGAGAAGUUAGUAUUCGGAUGUUCCACUAUGUGCCUAUACCAGUUUGAUUUCUGUAAGUUGUCUUUAUUCUUCAUUUGUAGUUGAUAAGUUAGUGUGACAUUGAGGCCAAUCGUCUCUUCUCUUCAUUUCGGAUAGUUCAGUCUCACUAUGUGAACAAAACCACUGCUUAAAGAAGCACCUGAACAAAUGUUUACAUACAAAAUAACUAUUGCAUAAAAAAAGAGGCUGAAUGUUACAUUAUGCAACGAAUAAUUCAGAUGAUUUUUUUUUUUUUUUUUUUACUUUAAGGUAUGACUUAUGUGCUCCCAUCCUAACUUUUACAUCUCACAUGCUGGUUCACUUAUAGGUGCUCAUCAAAUCCUGUGUUUGGGAUAUUUCACCUUAGGAGUUAGUGUACCUAAAAAUGUCUGUAUGUCAAGAUAUCAGUCACUUGGCUUGUGAUGCUACUUGACACAGGGUGUGCUAAUUUUUUAUGUUGCAACAAAUAAACCAAAGAGUUAAAGCACAAUGA